AGGCGGGGCCCAGCGCGCGGCAGCCGCCGCGAAGGCGGCCGCCUUUGCUACGGCCGGAAACAAUAGUGCAGGAGCCCGAGCCGCGCGGAACUGCUCCGGCGGCGCGCGGAGCUGGACGGGACACUAUGAAUGAAGAGGAGCAGUUUGUAAACAUUGAUUUGAAUGACGACAACAUUUGCAGUGUUUGUAAACUAGGAACAGACAAAGAAACACUCCAAUUCUGCCACGUUUGUUUUGAACUAAAUAUUGAGGGAGUACCAAAAUCUGAUCUCUUGCACACUGGAUCGUUAAGGGGUCAUAAAGACUGCUUUGAAAAAUACCAUUUGAUUGCAAACCAGGAUUGUCCUAGAUCUAAGCUUUCAAAAAAUACUUAUUAUGAAGAAGUUAAAACCAUUUUAAGUAAGAAGAUAAACUGGAUUGUACAAUAUGCACAAAAUAAGGAUGUGGAUUCAGAUUCUGAAUGUUCUAAAAAUCCCCAGCAUCACCUGUUUAAUUUCAGGCAUAAUCCAGAUAAAAAGUUACUCCCACCGUUUGAUUCCCAAGUACCAAAGUAUUCUGCAAAGUGGAUAGGGGGAGGUACAGGUAGCGUCUCACACUGCACACAAAGAAUAUUGGAGCAGAGGGAAAGCACAGACUUUGGGCUUGCGAUGUUACAAGACUCAGGUGCCACUGUGUGCCACAGUAGUGUACUGUGGCCUCAUAGUCACAACCAGGCACAGAAGAAAGAAGAGACAAUCUCCAAUCCAGAGGCUAACGUCCAGACUCAGCACCCACAUUAUAGCAGAGAAGAAUUGAAUUCGAUGACUUUCGGUGAGGUAAAGCAACUGAAGGCAAAGCUCCGACAGCAAAUAGAGGAAGUUUUUGAAGAGUUAACACACCAGGUGCAAGAAAAAGAUUCUUUGGCCUCAGAGCUCCAUGUCCGCCACGUUGCCAUCGAACAGCUUCUCAAGAACUAUUCCAAGUUACCUUGUCUGCAAGUGGGGCGGACAGGGGUGAAGUCACACCUACCCAUAAACAACUGAACUCAGCUGGCACCCACUGCCUAGGCCCUGCCACGGACUGACUGCUCUGCUCUGCCUAGCAUGCAGGCUCUGAAGAAGUUGAAGAAAGUUAUGGUCCAUUUUUUCAUGGUCAUUAAAUUUGUAAAGCUUAAAGGCAGUAUUAACAUCUUUGUCAAAUACAGUGGAUCGUUACACUCUACUCUUCUAGGGUUAAUCAUUUUGGUUUAUUUUGGGAAUCUUUCUUUCCCCUUAAUUACUAAAUGGCCCUCCCUAAUUACCACACGUGACUACUUAAAUAUACUGUUACAGCGUGAUUUUAUUAAACGUGGUUUAAUGUAAUUCAACUUUCAAAACAAUAGAAGGUUACCAAACUCCUUAGAUUAGUCUGAACUACUAAAGAUAAAUUUUAAGAGGGAAAUGGAAUUCAUAUCACCUCUUAUUUAUUAUGAGCAAUAUUUUAAUAUGAAAAUUUUAUAUAUAAAUGCUAUUUUAGGUACCUUUCCAUUCUCUUUAUAAAUGUCUAUUUGAAUGGCUCUCUAUGUUAUAUUUACACCUUCGUGUGUGAAUAUGUUACCCAUAUUUCACUGCAUUUUAUUCUCUUAAUACACUGUUUUUACAACUUUGUUUUCCAAAGAUAAAUGUAUUUUGGAGUAGAAAUCUAUCUAGUUGAAUUGUUUGACUUCUAAUAACUCUUAUGAAAGAAGAAUUAAUAACUUUUUAAAGCAAAUACACAACAAAAUAAAAUAUUUUUUUCUAACGAGCAGUUCUGAGUUCAUUCAGGAAAAAAAUGCUAAUCUAGCUUUGGUAUGUCAACUUAUCUCCAUAGAAGUAAAAGCCUCUUCUACUUCAUGAUUACUUUCAGUCUACUGACUUUGAUGUGUUAGAAUUUGGACAGAGUAAGUCAUGCCUCAUUUCCAAGUUCAAUAUAAUAUCUGUCUUCAAAUUGUGCUGUGAAGUAAUUAUCCCAUCUUUGAAAAAAAUUAAAAUUAUUUUGUGUGCCUCUUUAGAUAAAGGUUCAAGAAUCCUUAAACUGUCCAAAUUCUGUUACCAACAUCAGAAAGCUUUUUGAGGUAUUUUUCUAAACUUUAGAAUCGAAAGGUCAAGAGAAGACUGCUUGACACAAAAAAACAAAACUAAUUCAAAAAAAGAAGCUCGUUUUGAAAAGGAUAUUCAUUCAUAUAAGUUGUGACAUUUCCAAAGAGUUCUGAAUAGGUUGUCUCAAGCAGCUAGAUAAGUUUUUAAUAAUGUAGUAUAUAGUAAAAGCUUUAACCAAUGCAGAAUUAAAAUGGGCUCUAAAUUGUUUUCAGCUGGUGCUUAGAAUGUAUUUAUAACAUAAGAUCCUUUGCUUGAAAGAACCUACAGAAAAGCCCCAUACCUUGGCAGUUUCGUAUAUAAAGAAGGAAUGACUUCUAUAAAUUUGGCAGCCUGCCCUGGCUUGGGUCUGAUUUUCGUCUUGAACACAAUAUAGUAUUUGACUAAGCAAAGAAACACCUCAAACUAAUAGGAAACAACUUUUUGUAAUGCUAAGAUGUAUUAAAUUUGCCUGAGAGUAUUACUUGAUAUCUCAUUGACUUUUGUUGUUUGGUUUUGAAGUAUGACGUAAGUGCUUUUUUUGGAGAGAGCUUUUGAAAGAUGAUUUCAAUUUCUCUUGAAUCUUUGAUUAAUCCAAAAUGAAUUUAAAAUCCAGGGUGUUGGGAGGCAUUGCCUUAGUUUUUGAUAAGCUUUAAAUUGAAUGUGUGCAAUAUCAAAAUCUCUGUAAAUUUACAAGUUGAAUAAAGACACUUCCAGAUGAUGCUAGUAUCUUAGUGCCUACCGUGUGUCCCCCAAAAUAAGACCCUGCUGGACAAUCAGCUCUAAUGCGUCUUUUGGAGCAAAAAUUA